UAGAUCCGCCCCGGUCAGGAAUCUGCGUGUCAAACCCCGCCCUUUACACCAUAAUCUGUUCCUGUACCCAAAUAUUGCGAAAACAACUCAAAGACACGGAUGUCCCUGUCGCUUUCUGUUGAAUAAUUGAGGCUGAAAGUGUCCAUCGUGUGGAACAAUGCAUUCGGUAAACUCGGAGAAAACUGGGUCGCUACGGAAACGGACACUGUCUCGGGGAAUGAGCGAGGAUGAAUCUCUUCGACACAUUAUUAGAGAGGUAGAAGAAACAAACAGGUGCCUGUCACGCAACGACAGCAGAUAUGGAUCAUUAAAACGAGGACAAAGAGUAGAAAGUCUUGGUGAAGAGGAUCUUACUGAGAAAACAGAAAUGGUGGAACUUCGGGCAGACUAUGAGCUCUGUUUACAGGAAGUACGAGCUCUUGAACUUCAUCAGGAAGCGCUUUUGUUUCAGGUGGACUGUCUUCAGGAUGCUCUGGAAGGAGCCGAGGAGAUGCUUUCUGAAGCACAAAGAGAGUCUCGUGCUGCCAAAGUGGAAUUAGAUCACGAGAGAGAGGUGAGAAGGAAGCUGGAGAACAUGAUUACCACAUUAAUGCAGGAGAUAAACGCAUUGAAAGAGGAACAAAGAUCAGUUUCAGUCGUUCCUGUCAAUCACCUGGUGGGAGAUCAAACACAAAGUGUGCGAGAUGUAGAUAAUUCGACGGUCUUCUCGGGAACCUCUGUAGAUGGAGAUACAUCAAAUGAAGGGAUGAGCAGUGCGCACUCGAGUACUGUUUCACAAUCUCCAACCUCUGCACAACAACCAGCUUCUUCUAAGGGAGGUUUGGCUUCGAUCUUCAAAACUGAGCAGUAUCAGUCGAAACAGGCUGGACCCGGCUGGCUUCAGGGCGCUCCAAGAGGGACAUCAGUGGACCAAGAAGCUGCACCUAUCUCAGACACUGAAAGCUCUCGAGUGGAUCUGAAUACAAACCCGAUGUUACAGUUGAAAAAUACGCUUUACCAAAUGGUGCUUUCGAAUCAGAAGCGUGAAGCUCAAGAAGGAGAUGACAAUGAUGAAAGUAGUGGCUAUGAGGACGCACCAUCAGAGUUCUCACCUAGUCCUUUAACUCCAGAUAUGUCACCAGAUAGAGGUGUGAUGGAAGAUGACACUGAUGCAGGAGGUAGCGAGUCCGGUGACCCUAAAAAUCCUGAGUCUUGUAUUCUCUCUUAAGAGGAAAUAAAAAGCUCUUAGUCUUUUAUGAGUCCUUCCACCAAACCGG